AUGGAACAGACUGAAGACAGCUCAAAGGCCACAAUCCUUUUGAUGGGUUUAAGAAGAUGUGGUAAGUCAUCUAUCUGUAAAGUGGUAUUCCACAAUAUGCAACCGCUAGACACACUUUAUUUGGAAUCGACAUCAAAUCCAUCGGUCGAACAUUUCUCUACGUUAAUCGACUUAUCUGUUAUGGAAUUACCAGGACAAUUGAAUUAUUUUGAACCCAGUUAUGACUCUGAGAGACUGUUCAAGAAUAUCGGUGCAUUAGUAUAUGUCAUUGACUCGCAGGACGAAUACAUGAAUGCAAUUACAAACUUAGCUAUGAUAAUCGAGUACGCACAUAAAGUUAACCCAAAAAUAAGCAUUGAAGUAUUAAUUCACAAAGUUGAUGGACUUAGCGAGGAUUUUAAAGUUGAUGCACAACGUGAUAUUAUGCAAAGAACAGGCGAAGAACUUCUAGAGUUGGGACUUGAUGGUGUACAAGUUUCUUUUUAUUUGACAUCAAUUUUCGAUCAUUCAAUAUAUGAAGCGUUUUCUAGAAUUGUACAGAAGUUAAUUCCUGAAAUAUCUUAUCUUGAAAAUAUGCUUGAUAAUUUAAUACAACACUCCAAGAUCGAGAAAGCUUUCCUCUUCGAUAUAAAUUCAAAAAUAUAUGUUUCAACAGAUUCCAAUCCUGUCGACAUACAAGUUUAUGAAGUGUGCGCAGAAUUUGUCGAUGUGACCAUUGAUCUUUUUAAUUUAUACAAGACCCAAGAAAUUGAACUUCCUUCUGAAACUAACGAUAACAAGAGAUCUCAAAAACGCCAGCGGGAACUGAAAAGCGUCUCAGAACUCGGUAAUGGUGUAAUUAUAUAUUUGAAGCAGAUGAUAAGAGGAUUAGCUCUUGUCGCACUAAUAAGACCCAAUGGAGCAGAUAUUGAUAACUGCCUAACGAUUACUGAUUAUAAUGUAGACACAUUUAAAAAGGGAUUAAUUGAGCUAUGGGCGAAUUCUGCAACUAAGAAGUCACAGUAUUUUCAAGACAACAUAAAAUAA